CCGGCGGAGCCGCCGCAGCAGCGCGCGCACGCCGCGGGGCAGCGGCAUGUCGUGAGGCGCGCGAGGAGCCCCGGGCCGGGCCCCACCACGGAGGGGUCGGUGCAGCAGCGCGCCCAGGGCCGGGCCCCCAUGAAGGAGAAGGAGGCGGGGGCGGAGCGGGGCAAGCCCGCCACUUACACCGGGGACAAGAAGGCGCGCAUGGCGGCCAAGACCAACAAGAAGUGGGUGCGCCUGGCCACCGUGCUGGCCUACGUCCUCUCCGUCUCGCUGGCCGCCAUCGUCCUCGCCGUCUACUACAGCCUCAUCUGGCAGCCGGUGCGCGGCGGCGGCGGCUCCGGCCCCGGCCCCGCCGCCGCCCCCAGCCCGCAGCCCCGCGCCGCGCCGCCGCCGGGCCCCGCUCCCGCCCGCCCGCCCGCCGGCCCCACGCAGGAGGCUCCGCCGGCGCCGCCGCGGACGGGACCCGCGCCCGGCCCCGGCCCCGCCCGCAACGACCCUCCGGACGCGUCGCCGCCGCCCGGGGCCGAGGCGGGAGCCGCUGCGGCGCGCCGGGUGCGCGGCGGCCCCUGAGGCGGCCGGCGGGGGAGGACGGGCCCGGCGGACCGCGGGGAGAGGCCGGCGCCGCCCCGAGGGGCCGCCCGGGGACAUCGCUCGCUCGCCGAGGCCGCGCUGGGCGCUGGGGACGCGGCUCCGCGACCCCCGGAGCGGACGAGCCCCGAAGAGCUCGGGCAGGAGACGGUCCCGGCGCGGGGCGAAGGGACGGUUGUCACUCGGUGGAACUGCUGCGGUUUAUUGCCUCCCUCGUUUCUCCUCAAAAGGGAAUUUUGUGGCUUCGUUCUUUCUCCUCGCCAGGGCUCCCUUCUCCCUCUGAACCCGCGUCGGCUUCCAGCGCUGUUUGUGCCAGUCUGUUACCUACACAAGGAUACCGGCGUCCAGAAUUCCUCCCUAUCCACGGGACCAGCUUGGGAACAGUACGAAUUUAGAGGCUGUAAUCCGUUGUUUCAGUAAAGCCCGUUUUUGUUUAACAAUGAGCAUAAACCUAUUUAAGACCGUGUGAAAGGUAAAUUGACUCGUUUCCUAUAUUAAAGUAUUUUCCCAGUAUGAAA